UCAAGCAAAAUGUGCGCUCUUUAGAAAACUAAUUGCUACAAUGGAGGAACUAAUACAAGGAUUGGAGAAGAAUAGUCAACUACGAGAUUCUUCAUGUGAAGCAGAGCUCCAUGAACUAAUACAUCAAAUUGAUGUAAUGGUAAGCCGUAAAAACACAGAAUGGGAACAGCAUUCAAAAAGCCUUGAGACCCAGCUUGAAAUGCGUGAACUUGAAUUGAACAACAUGUGGACUUACCUUGAGCAGAAGCAUCAUGAGGUGGGUAAGCUUCGUCAGCAGCUAGAAGACUUUGAGAACUUUCACAGGGAAAUGAUACAUAAAUAUAAAGAACAUCUUAAGUCCUUUAAAUCUGAACUCCAUAAGCUACAAAGUAGUUAUGAGAAACUACAAAAACAUCAACUGAAGCAAGCCAGAGAGCCACGCAAAUUAGAGAUCGUUGGUGAAAAUGGGGAGACUCACUCAAAGCAGAAGAUUUUAAAUAGCAAUUUGGAGGCUCAAAGUUCUGAUCCCUACUGGAAUUGUAGGAAGCAGAUAGAGUUAUGUGAAUCAGAAAUAAAAUACUUAAAGAGUUGCAUGGAGAGUGCUCAAGACACCAUAAAGAGUGAUGAGACUAUCAUCGAGCAGCUGAAGCUUACUAUUGAGCAAAAAAUCACCAAUGAAGAAUUGAACCAGAAGAAUCAACAAAAGCUGUCAGAAGAAAUUAAAUGUUACCGAAGGAGAUGUCAGAAAAUGGAAUCAGAAAUUACAGAGCUACAAAUUGAAUUGCAGUCACGGGAUGAUCUUCUGCAAGUGACGGACAGAGAGCAAAAGCAACUGCGCAGGGAACUAGCCAGGGCCAAAGGAUCCCUAAUGGUUAAAGAUGGAGAUGUUAGGCUUGAGUUAUCCCAUACAUAUUGCAGGCAGCAGAAUGAUGAACUCAGCAGAAAAGAGGAGGAGUUACAGAGAUUGCAGAAUGAAUACGUGGAAGUGAACAAGGAAGUCAAUAAAUUGAGGGACUGUCUAUGUCAGGAGGAGCAGUUGCAUAGCUCUGAGAUGGUAGGAAUUAGAACAGAGAUCUCCAAGCUGACUACAGAACUCGAUCAAAAAGAAAUCACCAUAGCAACUGUCACAGAGAAAACUGCUUACCUGGAAAAGCAACUCAAAAUUGAGCUGGAGAAAAGAGAACAAAUAUUGGCUGAAUAUCGGGUGGCUAAAGAGCAGCUUGGAUCUCUUAAAGCAGAGAAUCAACAGUUGAAGAAAAAUUUGCAAACUCUGGAGGACAGAAUACCAAUGAUAGAAGGUUGUCAAGUUAAGGAGAUGCAAAAUGCUCACGUGGCCUCUAUUAGUGAAUUGGGAUAUGGUAAUAAACGGUUACAGAAAGACUUGGUCAAACUACGAGCAGAGUUGGAAAUAUCCUCCAAGACUAGCCAGGAGAAGUAUGAGGCAGCUCUUCGUCAUACACAACAGGCUGUAGCAGAGAUGAAAGAACAUGAAGACAGGAGAGUUAAGAAACUUCGACAAGAAAAUGAUCAACAAAUAAACACAAUGAAAAUCAAACUAGAUGAAACUAUACAUCAUUAUGAGGGGAAAAUUAGGAACCUUCAGAAGGGCUACAGCAUUCAAAAUAACUUGAGAAAUUCUGUACCUGGAUUUGCAGGCAAACAAUACAGGGAGUUCUCACCAGAAAGGAAGCCAACUUCUUCAAAACUAUUGACUGCUAACAGCACUUCUUAUUGGCAUAGCAGUGAUAUCACAGGUGUAAAUAUCCCCGACAUUUCUCCAACCUGCAUCCAUCCUGAGGAGAAUUUCCUGACUCCGAAUCCCACAGAGAUGUCAGACAUUUCUUCAGUAACAGAGCAUUUCCUCAAAGAAGAAGAAGAACGAGCCCGAGUGUUGGAGAAGCUGCUUAAUUCCCACAUUGAUGAACUGCAAACUGAUUCAAAAUGUACAGUUAAGAUGUAUGCUGGAGCUAAAGUAGAUAUGCCUGCUACCACGGCUGUCUUGUGUAACUGCACAUUUCAAGAAACCUGAAAUACUAUGGACUGUAUUAUGUAAUAUGUAAUGAAUGGACCAUUGACAUUGUUGCUAACAAAAAGUGUUUGCAUAUCUGCAACUGCUAAAGAAUUGCAUGCAGAAAGCUGACAAUUUUAAGUUGUUCAAAACAUAUGAAGUGAACUUUUUAAUAUGAAGUGUUAAUGCUUUAUACAUCUAGAUGAAAAUAUUACUCUGUAAUAUGGAUUCAACUUUUACAAUUUAUUGUUAAUAUUGUCCUUUCAUCGUCAGUCUUGAAGCAUUAAAAUUGGAGAAACUUAAAGGAAUGGCUGGAUCACUUUUGUACCAAUAUGAAUGCCUUG